CAGAAAAUUUUCAAUGAAAAUUAAAAAAAAAACACGAAAAAAUUGUGUCUUCUCUUCUGGUUUUUAUCAAAAUUUCUUGUGCAAGCAAAAUUUUUAAUAAUAAUUAUGCGAAUAUUUGGGAAAGUCCUACAGACUUUGCGACUGCCUAGACGACAAUCGAACUUUAAACCGCGUCGCUAUUCCUCAUUUCUUUGCUACUAUAUCCCUGCUCGUCGUUCUACUCUCAAUAAUAGCAUCACAAAAAAUGCUUCCAUCCGUUCAAAGGCUUCUAACACAGGCUCAUCUAACAAGGGAAGCAGCGUCGGUGGAUCUAACUUGGCCAACAUACUGCCAGUGGCUUUGAUACAUGCGAAAAGCCCCACUACUUCGACCAAAAUCAUGCUGAUUCCACUCAAUUUGUUCGACGAGGAUGAUGACGCCAACAAUAAGACUAUGAAAACGCUGUCGGUUAUUCGAGAACAUGCGAGACAAAUUGAGGCAUUCACAGAAAAUCUAAUAAACACAACAGAGUCAACACAUGAUGGCGUGCCACUUCCAUCUAGCAACGGAAACACAUUGCAGGAUGACGUGACAUUAUUCAUCCACAACGAAAAAGCUCCAAAUACGCCAAAUUCGCAAACUUUGCAACCUUCCGAGGAGAGUCUUAAAAGCAGCAGGGUUUCGCUUUAUGAAAAUCUUGAACGCGCUGUUGCCGAGCAAGAAAUGAAUCGCAUCGAAACACACGACUGCUUCGAUGUGGCGGCUUGGAAUAGCUCCAAGCAGGAUUUGGUUGUGUAUGUGCCCGAAAAUCUGGAAGAGAAACUACAACAAAUGGCAAUAUCAUCCAUGCAGUUGGCCUUCGAAAUGGACAUGAGUAAUAUUCGCGAUGCAAUUUUUAGAACGGCUGCUUUUGAGAAGAUCAACAUGUUUAAGCCGCCCACACCAAAGUCAUUGAAAGAUCCCACACUGACGAUGAAGGCCAAUUUGGAUCUGGAAAAAUCUGAUAAUAAAGACACAAUUCCACUAGACUUCAAUGCUUUGAUUCAGGGUACUGUAGAAAUCGAUCCAUCCAAAUACACCCCAAGCGAUCUGGGAGAAAUCAGAGUGCCUGAAUUUAAUGACUGUGUCACUGCUAUAGCAGCGAAUAUAUGCAGCACAGCUUUGCAGAAGGGCUUUCCAGCAGACAUUCGUCGAAUGGCAUAUUCCACGAACUCUCCGAAGAAUAAAGAAACUCCACCUACUAAUCCACACAUUGUUUGUGUUCGUGAGGGUUCAAAAGGUUGCAUUUCCCCUGGCAAUGCAGAAUACCCGAAAUUCGUGCCUCAUCCCAGCCCCGAAACGGUGUCGAACUCAAAGGAAGCUGUUAAAUCAGAGAAGGCGGGUAGAGCUAAUAUAUCUUCAGAAAUUUCGCUACUCUCUUCGGAAAUAAUUGGUUACAAUUCACGUGGUCUAAUGAGUUGUAAGGCGUAUGCCCUAGCUUUAGCUGAAGCAACGAAGCGCCGUGCAGAUAUUGAUAAGAAGAACGAUGAAAUACAAAAUCCAAAGAAGGAAGCGACAAGAAAAAGGGAUAAAUGUGGCGACCCCAAAAACAACCCUUGUACGAAACCUUUGGUAGAUGAAUGUGGAAAGGAAUUGAAAAAAGAUUGCCCAACUAGAAAAACGGACGAUAAGAAGCAGAAAAAAGAUCCUUGCAAGGAUGACCCUUGUAAAAAAGCAGCUGCAAAAGACACUUGUGGUGGUAAAAAGAAGAAAGACAAGCCUAAGGGCAAAGAUAUAUGUGGGAAUUUAGAAAAAGGAAACCGAUGUGACAGCGAGACAGAUGCAUGCCGAGUUGAAGAAGUUCCAUGUUCGAAACCGAAGAAGAAAAAAUGCAUUUUAGAUGAUCCGUGUAAAGACCCUUGUGAAAAGGAAAAGGUAAAGAAGGAAACUCCUGACAAGAACAAAAAGAAAUGCUCUUCCGCUACGCCCCUUUUAUAUAGCGCAAAAUGUCCGAUUCCGAAAAAACAGGAGCCCGGAGCUUCUGGUACAGAAAAUAAGUGUAAACAGGCGAAGAGCCUUUGCGAUAUCAAAAAACAGGAGCCCGGAACGUCUGGAAAAGAAAAUAAGUGUAAGCCGGUGAAGAGCCUUUGCGAUAUGAAGAAACAGGAGCCCGGAGCUUCUGGAAAAGAAAAUAAGUGUAAGCCGGUGAAGAGCCUUUGCGAUAUGAAGAAACAGGAGCCCGGAGCUUCUGAAAAAGAAAAUAAGUGUAAGCCGGUGAAAAACCUUUGCGAUAUGAAGAAACAGGAGCCCGGAGCUUCUGGAAAAGAAAAUAAGUGUAAACCGGUGAAGAGCCUUUGCGAUAUGAAGAAACAGGAGGCUGGAACAUCUGGGGCCAAAAAUAAGUGUAAGCCGGUGAAAAGCCUUUGCGAUAUGAAAAAAUCAAAACCGUUGAUUUCGCUAUGUGAAAUGUCAGCAAAAAAAGCUAAGAGUUGUGGUGAUCUAAAGAAGUCAGACAAUAAAAGCAAAUCAAACGAGGCAAAGAAAGAUAAAUCGGCAUCAUCUGGUUCGCCUAAAAGUAAAUGUAAGCCAUUUAAAAGUGUUUCUAUGAAAGAAAGUAAAUGUGGACCACCUAAAAAGACUGCUUCCGAUUCAAAGUGUGGGUCGCCUAAAAAAUCAGAUUCCGACUUAAAAUGUGGUCAACCUAAAAAAUCUGCUUCCAACUCAAAAUGUGGAACACCUAAAAAAUCAGAUUCCGACUCAAAGUGUGGGUCACCGAAAAAAUCAGAUUCUGACUCGAAGUGUGGAUCACCUAAAAAAUCUGCUUCCGAUUCAAAAUGUGGGUCACCUAAAAAAUCAGAUUCUGAUUCAAAGUGUGGGUCAUCUAAAAAAUCAGAUUCUGACUUGAAGUGUGGACAACCUAAAAAAUCUGCUUCCAACUCAAAAUGUGGAACACCUAAAAAAUCAGAUUCUGAUUCAAAGUGUGGGUCACCGAAAAAAUCAGACUCUGGCUCAAAGUGUGGACCUAAAAAAUCUGCUUCGAAAUCAAAAUGUGGACCACCUAAAAAAUCAGAUUCUGACUUAAAAUGUGGCCAACCCAAAAAAUCUGCUUCCGAUUCGAAAUGCGGGUCACCUAAAAAAUCAGAUUCCGACUUAAAAUGUGGCCAACCUAAAAAAUCUGCUUCCGAUUCGAAAUGCGGGUCACCUAAAAAAUCAGAUUCUGACUUAAAAUGUGGCCAACCUAAAAAAUCUGCUUCCGAGUCAAAAUGUGGGCCACCUAAAAAAUCUGCUUCCGAAUCAAAAUGUGGGUCACCUAAAAAAUCUGCUUCCGACACAAAAUGUGGGCCACCUAAAAAAUCUGCUUCCGACUCAAAGGGAGAUAGCAAAUGCAAAUCAGGAAAAAGUAAUGAUGGAAAAUCAGGAGAGUGUAAACGGUACGAAGGUUUCUGUAAGAGCGAUAAAUCCAAGUUCUCUUGUUCAAAAGAUAAAAAAAAGGAUAGCAAAUGCAAGCCUAUCAAAAAACUGUGUGAUGACAAAAAAUCGUCUGAAGCUUCUUGUGAAUCUAAAAAGUCUUCUUCGAAGUCUGAAGUUGAGUCAAAGAAAGAUUCGAAAUCCCAGUGCCACAAGGACAAAAAAUCAACAGCUCCCAACUGCAAAACCAAACCUGGUUCUAGUUCGAGUUCAAGUUCGGAUCAAGGCUGUAAGAAAUACAGCACGUUGGCUAACCCCAAGCCAGUUUUUGACGUUUUACCUGCCAAGCGCUUUUUCAGUGUCCUUCCGUCGUACAAUGUUUCUCAUAGCUUAAUUCUCUGGAGACAGUUCAGCUCAAAGAAAAAUUCGAAGGGAAAGAAGAAGAACAACCAAAACGCCGCAUUCUGCCAGAAGCUUCAAUCGAAGCCAAAAUCGAAACGUAUUGACAAACCAGAACGGAAAAAAGCAAAAACAGACUGUUAUGCUGACUCUAACGGGGAGUGCCAAGAGCGUUCGUGCAAGGAUCCUAAAAAAUCCGACUGCUCUAAAUUCCACAAGGAAAAUGAGAACCUCUCGUCUCUAAGCCUACGAACAUGCUUACAUGUUGUUGGCCCAUUUUCUUCCCUAAAACGAAGAUAUUACGGAACGGACACUCAGACAACAACAAAUGAAGAAUGUGAAAAUGAAAAUAAGAAUGACGAUUGUGAUGCUCAAGAAGAAGGUGAUUCAAAUCUAACAAACGGAACAAUAAAUGAAGUGAUCAGGAUACUGGAGCCAUGCACAGUUGAAAGAUGCUUGGAAGCCAUACCGAAUUUCAGUGAAUAUGAUGUUCUUGUGCGCACUGAGGCUGUGGCGCUCUCUGGCUCAGAUCUGCAUUACUACGAAACCGGGGGCAGGUUCUACCCCGGCAUGACGCUAGGCCACGACGCAACUGGUGUGGUAGCAGAAGUUGGUUGUUCAAUUAAGAAAAUACGUCCGGGUGACCCCGUUGUCGUGGAAUCGGGAUUAGCUUGUGGCAUAUGUGACUACUGCAAGAAGGGAUGCUACAACAUCUGCAACCAAUUAAUUUUCAAUGGGUUUCUUCGCAAAUACCAAGUACACCCUGCUGACCUCUGCCACAAAAUACCAACCGACGUCGACAUAAUCGAAGCGACUUUGACACAAACAUUGGCGCUUGGAUGUCAGGCGUGCUUCAAGGCGCAAGUGCUACCCACUACAAAUGUUCUCAUUAUCGGCGCGAGUCCCACAGCCAUAUCGGCGGCACUAUGUGCGCGUGCCAUUGGUGCUGGCAACAUCUGUGUGGCGUCCACAUUGAAAGACUCUCUUCAGGUAAUUGAGCAAACGUUUCACUUCGACUGUAUGUACUACGAACCGGACAUGCAGUACCGCAUGAUAUUGGAAUGCUUGUUUAGCGUGCUGCACGCCUGGCCCGAUGCCGUUAUAAAUUGCGCCAUCUCGGAGAAGACCAUGAAUUUGGCAGUGAUGGCGCUAAAGCCAUGUGGCGUGUGCGUUUUGGCGGAGUGUGAUACGGAGUGCGCGUGUUUCAAUGCGAUGGACGUGCUUAUGAAAAACCUAAAGUUGCUCCCCAGUUUUCGAUCCAUUAAUAUGUUUCCGACUGCUUUGAAAUUGAUCGAGGGUGGCAAGGCGCCUAUUGGUCGACUGGUUUCAAGGGUGUUUGAAUGGCAGGAGGUCGAUCAGGCUUUCCGGAAAGCACUACACGAAUCGAACGUUGGCAAUAAAAAAGUAAUAGUAAGAUGUGCGGAAGAAGAAGAAGAUACGUACAAGAAGGAAGAUUGCAAAACUUAGUAAACCUGGUGUAAUAUUCAAAAUUUUUAUAAAUAAAGAACAUUGUGAUUUGUGCUAACUUUU